CCUAGUGUGUCGUCACUGAAGGUGCGUUCAGUAAUUGCCAUGCGGGUAGAAUACAUACUGCGCACAAUUUGAGAGAGGUUUGAAAUUACAAUUAAAACCACGUGCACUUAGAAAAGACAUUACGAGGUACAAUAAAUGAUUCAACGGUGAAACUAGAAGAAAAAUACAUAAAAAUGGUGAAUGAAGCUUUGGGAGAGAUCGAUCCAAUCAGCGGUUUUCGAAGCGCAACGUCGGUCGUAGUAGAGCAUAAUAUUCGCGGCUUAAGAAGGACAGCCAAUUAGAAAAGUUGGUGAAUAUCGUCGGUCGGUACUUAGGCGCGUGUGUUUGUACGAGUGCAUAUAGGUGACCGUCGCGAAAUAUAGUCGCAGCCAUCUUAUAUUUUGUGUCGGAGAAAAACAAUUUGGCCGUACAAAUGUUUCGCGAUUGUCCGUGAAGCCGCUCGAGAACGGGAGGCGUGCGCUCGAUGAGGCGUGACGUUUUUCGACCCUAGCCCAGACUACUACAUUAGCAAAGGUGGAUUGGUACGCAGGAUAUGAGCAGCUUGUCAAGCGCAACCUGACUCUGCUCCCCGAUCAAGAAGCAGUGCAGCAGCAGGAGCCACAAUCGCAAGAGUUGGCUCAGCCGCAGCAGACUGACAUAAUGACGUCCAUGUUUGAGCAACAGAUUAAAAGCGAGCCAAUGGGCUUCUAUUCUGUUGCUUCAAGCCGUUCAGACGGUUCAAACUCUAUGGUGAACCUGUCUGACGACCGGGAGGACCUGUCACAACAGGAGGGUCACUUGCAACCUCAACAGCAAACGACGCUUCAGUUGAACCAACAAGGUCAGCAACAAGCCCAGCAAACUCAACAACAAGUACAACAGCAGGGUCAACAACAACAAACUCAAAGCGUCCAACAGGAAACGCCUAGUCGUCAGUCGACGGGUCAGCAAACCGUCAAAGAAGGUUCAAGGUCCAGACCGCAGCCCUGUAAGGUAUGCGGUAAGGUGCUAUCUUCUGCUUCAUCAUAUUAUGUACAUAUGAAACUCCAUUCGGGCAACAAACCAUAUCAUUGUACGGUGUGCGAAGCUAGUUUCUGCCGUAAGCCAUACUUGGAGGUGCACAUGAGGACGCACACGGGAGAAAGACCUUUCCAGUGCGAGCUGUGCUUGAAGAGGUUCACCCAGAAGAGCAGUCUGAACACCCACAAGCGGGUGCACACGGGUGAAAGGCCGUAUGCCUGCGAUAUCUGUCAGAAACGUUUCGCGGUGAAGAGCUACGUGACCGCUCACCGUUGGAGCCACGUUGCCGAGAAGCCUCUGGUGUGCGACAGAUGUUCUCUAACGUUCACGUCCAAGAGUCAAUUCGCCAUUCACAUCCGUACCCACACGGCAAGCACCACGUACGAGUGCAACAUAUGCGGACGUACGUUCGUGCGCGACAGUUAUCUGAUACGGCAUCAAAAUCGUGUACACCGUGAUAUGAAUCAAAGCAAUACGAAUCACAAUCCACCGACGCCGCAGAGUACCGGCGGCGGUACCCCGGGCACAGGCUUCGAGAGCCCGGUCUGUGAUUUACGGUACAACGAGGGGCCAUCCUCGUUGGACGGUCUGGCCGGUUCCAAGGGAGGCAUCACGGCGGAGAUCGCAAGUUUAGCGAAACAGAACAAUCUUCAGCUUCCUUUGCCGCUGCUACAUCCGCAAACUACCAACUAGUGUUUAGACGUCAGUAUGUCAGAG